ACAUCUCUGAGCCGUGAUUUGAAAUAAGAGCAAGGCAGACUGUUGCCUCCCUACUCCUGACUUUUAAUAGGCUAGAAGAAAGGUUGCAAAACUUGACAUUGUUUUAGGAAGAGUCCCCACAGCAAAAAAUAAAGGAAAAUGAGAGAGAGAAACUUAGCAGCUUGUUUAUACGGAAACUGCUGAUGGAUUUUUGUUUUUACUUUGAAAUUACACUGUAAAUUUGAAUUCAGAUUGUUUCCUGCUGGGUGGAUAAUGGAAUUCUAAACAUGAGGCAGAUAGCCGAUCAGCUUCCCUGGAUUUCGCUGACGACACAGGAAAGCUUUGCCUGAAGAUGGAAACACUGGAGUCGGAAUUGACCUGCCCUAUCUGUCUGGAGCUGUUUGAGGACCCACUGCUGCUGCCCUGCGCUCACAGCCUCUGUUUCAACUGUGCGCAUCGCAUAUUGGUCUCCCACUGUGCCACCAACGAAUCAGUGGAAUCCAUCACUGCCUUCCAGUGCCCUACUUGUCGUUAUGUCAUCACUCUCAAUCAACGUGGUCUAGACGGACUGAAGCGCAACGUCACCCUGCAGAAUAUUAUCGACAGAUUUCAGAAAGCUUCAGUGAGUGGGCCCAAUUCUCCUAGCGAAACCCGCCGAGAGCGGGCAUUUGAUAGCAACAGCAUGUCAUCCAGUGAAAAAGUUCUCUGCCAGUUCUGUGACCAGGACCCUGCCCAGGAAGCAGUGAAGACCUGUGUCACUUGCGAGGUGUCCUACUGCGAGGAGUGCCUGAAAGCGACUCACCCGAACAAGAAGCCAUUCACGGGCCACCGUUUGAUAGAGCCUAUUCCGGACUCUCAUAUCCGAGGAUUAAUGUGUCUAGAGCAUGAGGACGAGAAAGUUAACAUGUACUGCGUGACUGAUGACCAGUUAAUCUGUGCCUUGUGUAAACUGGUUGGACGGCAUCGUGAUCAUCAGGUGGCAGCUUUGAGCGAGCGCUAUGACAAAUUAAAGGGGGGAAUGGUGGAGCAGCACUCCAGAAGUUCAGAUGCUUUCCCAAGCCUCUCGUCUAAAAACUGGACUAAAAGUCUCAUGCAAACAGGAUGUCAUGAGAUUUCUGUUUCUGGCUGGCAAAAUUUGGAGAAUAACCUCACGAACCUUAUCAAGAGGAAUACUGAACUGGAAACUCUUUUGGCUAAACUCAUUCAAACCUGCCAACAUGUGGAAGUGAAUGCAUCGCGACAAGAAACGAAGCUGACAGAGGAAUGUGACCUGCUCAUUGAAAUAAUCCAACAGAGACGACAAAUUAUUGGAACCAAAAUAAAGGAAGGGAAGGUGGUGAGACUGAGAAAACUGGCUCAGCAGAUUGCAAACUGCAAACAGUGCAUUGAACGCUCUACAUCUCUCAUCUCUCAGGCCGAACAGUCUCUGAAGGAGAAUGAUCAUGCACGCUUCCUGCAGACGGCUAAAAAUAUCACUGAGAGGGUCUCCAUGGCUACUGCAUCCUCCCAGGUGUUAAUCCCUGAAAUUAAUCUCAAUGAUACUUUCGAUACUUUUGCACUUGAUUUUACCAGGGAGAAAAAAUUGCUGGAAUGCCUCGAUUAUCUUACAGCUCCUAACCCUCCAACCAUUAGAGAAGAGCUCUGUACAGCUUCCUACGACACAAUCACUGUCCACUGGACCUCAGAUGAUGAAUUCAGUGUGGUCUCAUAUGAGCUGCAAUAUACCAUCUAUACUGGACAAGCUAAUGUAGUUAGUUUAUGCAACUCAGCCGACAGUUGGAUGAUUGUUCCAAAUAUCAAACAAAACCACUACACAGUGCAUGGGUUACAGAGUGGCACUAAGUACAUCUUCAUUGUCAAGGCCAUUAAUCAGGCGGGCAGCCGAAACAGUGAGCCUGGCAAGCUGAAGACAAACAGCCAGCCGUUUAAACUGGACCCCAAGUCUGCCCACAGAAAGUUGAAGGUGUCCCAUGAUAACCUGACAGUGGAGCGUGAUGAAACCUCUUCCAAAAAGAGCCACACACCCGAGCGAUUCACCAGCCAAGGGAGCUAUGGAAUAGCUGGAAAUGUGUUUAUUGACAGUGGACGGCAUUACUGGGAAGUGGUUAUAAGUGGGAGUACAUGGUAUGCAAUUGGUAUUUCUUAUAAAACAGCACCAAAACAUGAGUGGAUCGGAAAGAAUUCUGCCUCUUGGGUGCUUUGCCGUUGUAAUAAUGCCUGGGUUGUGAGACAUAACAGCAAAGAAAUUCCUAUAGAGCCUGCUCCUCACCUCCGUCGUGUUGGGAUUUUGCUGGACUACGACAAUGGUUCCCUUGCCUUUUAUGAUGCUUUGAACUCUCUACACCUUUACACUUUUGACAUAACCUUUGCACAGCCCGUGUGCCCCACAUUCACUGUGUGGAAUAAAUGUUUGACAAUUAUAACAGGCCUGCCUAUCCCGGAUCACUUAGACUGCACUGAGCAGCUUCCGUGACUGCUAAAAGCAAAAGGAUAUAAUGUCAGCUUUCCAGUGGACUGCAAAAAUACUGCCCACAGGAGCUAUUUGAAUAUGUGGCGUGCAAAACAUCCCUGAUGAUUUCAGCCAGAACUGAAAGUGGGUAUCUCUCUUUGCUGUGUAUUUUGUAUUAAAGGGCAAGAAAUGGCUUUAAUAAUUUCUCAGAACUAUUUUGUAUUUAGUCUCUUACAGGAAGAUUUAUAAAUUAUUUAUAUACAGAACUCCCCAAUUUGGCUAUUUGGAUUACAAUUCAUUGUUUUUGCACAUAAAGGGCCCCAUUCACUAAAGUUUCGCAAGACUUUUUUACAGUUUUAUUUUACAAGGGACAACUAGCAGGAAUUUUGUUUCCUGGAAACUGUGCAGCGGACACAUUGAUAUACUGUUGAUCUUACAUUAAACUCCAAUCUUAUUGUGUGCAACAUCUCUCUACUUCAGUUUUGCACACCGGAAUGUGCAUACCAAAAAAAUGAAAUAAAAUAAACAAGGAAGGAAAUGGAGUUAUCCAGUACAACAAAAGAAGAAGGGUUUAUUUACUUCUGUUCAGUAAUAGGUCUGCAUGUUAAACUUAUUCACAUAUGGACACAAGAAACAUAUGGAAUACCUUCUAGAAAUGUCAGUGGAUAAAUCAUCCGGUGAUUCUAACCCUAUCAAUGCUUCACUUUUGUCUCUGGGAAGUGCAGUAAGAUCACCGAGGAUUUGUAAGACUGAUAUCAUCUCAGAAAAUCAGCAACAUUGGAGCAGCGCAACCAAUCCAAGGUCCUACUAUAUCCUAAUUUGAUGGGAAGAUUUGUCAUUUAAGGUUCCAUUAUAAUUGGAGAUGGCUUAGUUCUGACAGUUGAGGUGUGGGUGUAUAUCACUGAUUUUUACAGGUACACCACAACAAUCCAAGCCCAUACAUCUGAAAUGAGAGAUGGCCUACUUACAACUGAUUUUAAACUAAAUGCAAGAGUGUCAGUGUAUCGCACUGUAGUGUAUCAAUAAAGAGGAGCAAAGAUAUCUGGUAUAUGGAUGUUGCAUUGAGAAGCACUGUACUAAAGUUCAUCAUAAAAUCAUCCAAUGAAACAAAGAAUGUGUAUUGUUGCUUUGGGUUGUUUGAAGGGAUAGAGUUCUCUUUGUGAAUGAGGGGUAAAUGACAAAUUUGCAGCAGUGACAUUAGUCUAUCUGAGUUUCACCUGCACAUACGGGAUCUAAGUUAGCCCUGGUGUUAGGGGCUGCAAUUCCACUGAGAUAAGUAGAAGCUGUACGCACUAUAUCCCAAAACUGAAUUUUGCCCAUUAAGUUUUUAAAAAAUGAAUAGGGCCCUUUGUGAUUAUUACAAUAUUUCUGCAUAAAUGAUCAGUUGGGAGAUUCUUAAGAAAUAUUUGAAAUGUGGAAGAUGGUAUGAUGCCUUUUAAAGAUGUUCCUAGACAGACAGUGAAAAGGGUUUUGUUGAUAAUAUGCAAAGGAUGAAAACCUGCCUUCAUAGAAUAAGGAUAAAUGGAAUACAAGCAUAAUGAAAAGGUUGGCUCAGUCAUUUUAAACCUUGCUUUGGGUGUCCUUUGAAAAUGACACUUUAAUGCACUUUGUUCACCAGUGGGCCCAAAAUGAAAGGGUCUCAAGCUUGGCUUCAGAUUUUUUAAAUAUUGACUCUCCAGGUACAAAGAUGUACUACAGUUUGCCUUAUGAUAGUGAUAUGAAAGAAGCUUAUGAGGAGGCUAAUGAAUACAUGACUACAGGUUUUGUUUAAACAGAGAUUAAUUACUGCUCAUGUUCCUUUGAUUCUCUAUACAUACCCUGUUUACUGUGGAAUGAAUGAGGAAAAGUAUCUCUCUAAUAGUAGGUUGGUUUCAGCCAUUUUAUCGCUUCCUGCCAUGACAGCGUUCCAUUGUUUACAGAGAGUAGCCGCUGACCUUUUCUGAGUUGACAUAUGUAAGGGAAAAUAUGUACAUACUCGAUGACAGUGUUUAUUCUAAUGUCUAUGAUGAUAUAGAAAAGGGCCCCCCAAGAACUUAAAAAAAGUCUGAAACAGUGUUUUGUGUAACCGAAUGCGACAUUACCAGUGUGACUUGAUGUACUGUGUUCAGCUGAUCUGGCCUUGACUGUUUGAAAGGCAAUUGAGAAAUCAACAACGUUAAUAUACACGGUAGACUGAGAACAAUUUCUAAAAUAAAAAUGGUAAAAAGGUGUUGGGAGGGAAGAGAGUGACAACAUGGGAUGGACGUCAACUUUCUGCCUAGCAGAACAGAGCAUGUUACUACAAUAUACAUGGCACCACCCUUUGUCAUAGAAAUAUUAUUAAAUUGAUCUGGAAGCUAAUUUCAGAAAGGGGCAAACUGACAACAGUUCAAUAUUAGAUCAUACAAGGCUUACAGAGAUCAAACUGGAUUGAAAACAGUAUCAUGGAGGCUUUUCUCCCCCCUUUUUUUCCUUUUAAACACCAACCAUGCAUUUAAAGGUUGACAAUUGGUUUUGGCUGAGAGGAAAAAAAAUGGUCUGGUAUCUACAAUAGUAAUCCUUAGUAUGGGAUUUAUAUUUCAACAGUGAGUACUUCAUUUUAAGCCAAACCACAUUCCUCGAAUGGACUAUUAAUUCUAUCAGUGCUCUUUGUGCAUGUAUGUGUGUAUAUUAUAUAUGUAUAAUUAAAUAUAUAUGUAAUUAUACAUAUAUAAGUACAGAUUAAUUGGCAAUAAAUUAAGUGUCCCACCAUCCCUUUUAGCUUAUUAUUUGAACCAUUAUGUAGUCUGUAUGGACUAUGAUUGGGGAAACAGUUUGCUGUGCUUGGUAUUUGUAUGGACAUUUUCAAAAAUAAAAAUCUGUUUAUUUUACAGUACUUGAUUCAAUGCCUGAUUAUACAAUAAAAACAUCCAUUUCAAAACUUG